CAACAGCGUAAAGCGGAAUAUCCCAAAGCGAUCAUCUCAGGAGAGAACGGGGGAGGACACAGUAUGCAGGCAGCAUGGAACAGGUGAAGGAGCAGCGGCCCUUCUGCUCGCUCUCCAAGAGCCAGAGAGACCGGGAGAGAGACCACGAAAGGGAGCGGGAUCUGGAGCGGCGUUACACCGCAUCAUCGACAGACAGAGAAGGGGCUUGCCGGGUGCCUACACAGAAGUCCUACAGCUCUAGCGAGACGCUGCAGGCCUACGACCAUGACCCUACCCGGCUGCUAUUCUCAGGCCGAGUCAAGGAGAAGGCCUAUCAGGAGACCAGUGACUACGGCAGGCCUGGACAGGGCUUCUCCCUGAGGCAACUUGGGAUAUGUGAGCCCUCCACACGCAGAGGCCUGGCCCUCUGCCCUGAAACGGGCCUCUCACACCCCCUUGGUCGCUAUUCGAAAAGAACUGUCCCCACAGAAAAUCAUGAGCCCACAUCGCCGGAACGUACCAUGGCUCUCUGGGGAAGGGGUGCCAAAUCAGGCCAAAGCUCGUGCCUGUCUAGUCGCUCCAACUCAGCCCUUACCAUCACAGACACGGAAAUUGACAAUAAGUCGGACAACGAAAUCGGGAAGUAG